AUGAGGUUGGAUGCCCCGACAUCGCCCUGCUGUGACGGCAUGUGUCAGAUGUGUUUUCAGGUUUGCCGGCGUGCUACAGUGAAAGUCGUCCGGGCGGAAAAAGGACGGCUGCUCCUGCCCGGCAGCACAGAGGAGCUGCAGGAUCAUCAGGAGUCCUCGGGGCUGAAGCCCACUGUGGUGAUCACCAUCCUCGCACGCAACGCACAGCACAGCCUGCCCUACUUCUUAGGAUGUAUAGACAGACUGGAAUACCCCAAGGACCGCAUCUCCAUCUGGCUGGCCUGCGACCACAGUGUGGACGGCAGCAUGGCGCUGCUGCAGGAGUGGCUCUCAGCGGUGAAGCCUCUCUACCACUCUGUGCAGUGGAGACCAGCGGAGCAACCCAGCUCUUACGGAGAUGAGCAGGGGCCCAAACACUGGUCUGACUCCCGCUUCACCCACGUGAUGAAGUUAAGGCAGGAAGCCCUCAGAGCUGCCAGGCGACUCUGGGCUGACUACAUACUGUUUGCGGACAGUGACAACUUGCUGACAAACAGCCAAGUGUUGUCCGACAUGAUGGCGGAGAAUCUGACAAUUGUGGCACCCAUGCUGGAAUCAAAAGGCCUUUAUUCCAACUUCUGGUGCGGCAUCACUCCUCAGGGCUACUACAGGAGGACCCCGGAGUACAUUCCCAUCCGUAGGUGGCAGCGGCAGGGUAGCUUUGCAGUUCCCAUGGUGCACUCCACCUUUCUGCUGGACCUGAGGCGCAGAGCCAGCAGAGCGUUGGCCUUUCACCCCCCCCACGUCGACUACCCGUACGAUGUUGAUGACAUCAUGACCUUUGCUUUCUCUUCACGGCAAGCAGGGGUGCAGAUGUAUGUUUGCAACAAGGACCACUACGGAUAUCUACCAGUGCCCCUCAAACCAGAGCAGACGCUGGAGGAAGAAGAGGAGAACUUCUCCCACACACUGACGGAGGCUCUCAUUUCCUUCACCAUGGAGCCUUCGCAGAAUAUUCACACUUUGCCUAAAGAGCAAGGGAAGAUGGGAUUUGAUGAGAUCUUUCUGAUCAAUCUGAAGCGCCGCUCAGACCGGAGAGACAGGAUGUUGAGUUCUUUGUCCGUCCUCGGCAUCAACGCCACACUGACAGAGGCCGUGGAUGGCAAAGCCUUGAACUCCUCUCAGCUGCUGGACAUGGGUAUCGACAUGCUGCCCGGGUACAAAGACCCUUACUCAAAGCGCAUUCUGACCAGAGGGGAGAUCGGCUGUUUCCUCAGCCACUACAACAUCUGGAAACAGGUGCAGCAGCAGGGGCUGCAGCAGGUUCUGGUUCUGGAGGACGAUGUGAGGUUUGAGCCUAGGUUCCGUAGCAGGCUGGUGACCGUCAUGGAAAAUGUCCAGAGAGUGGUACUAGAAUGGGACCUCAUUUAUGUGGGCCGUAAGCGUCUGCAGGUGAAGGAGCCGGAGAGCUGGGUGGAGGGAGUCAAAGACCUGGUGCACCCCGACUACUCCUACUGGACCCUGGGAUAUGUCCUGUCACUGAGCGGGGCCCGCAAGCUCCUGCAGGCAAGACCCCUGAACAAAAUGCUGCCUGUGGAUGAGUUCCUACCUAUCAUGUUCAACAAGCAUCCCAGAGACGAGUACCUGCAGUAUUACGAGCCGAGGGACCUGAGAGCGUUUUCAGUGCAGCCACUACUGCUCUUCCCCACACACUACACCGGAGAGCCGGGGUACUUCAGCGACACAGAGACCUCCACAAUCUGGGACGACCAGGCGGUGAGGACAGACUGGGACAGAGAUGCAACCAAACGUUGGCGAGACCGGGACACUCAGGAUGGGCCGUUUCCUCCUGUGGACCCCCACUCAGCUCGGGAAGGCAUGCCUCCUCUUUCUGACACUAGAAACAGAGAUGAACUCUGA